UUUUGCUGACGGUGUUCCGGAAGUGUCGGUUGAAUAUGAAGCAAAUAGCUGUAUUAUUUAAUGACUCCAUCAAAUGCUUAAUUGAAUUUAAAAAGGAAAUAGAAAAGGCGAAUUAUGCCAAUUAUGGUGAUAAAUUUAAGCCUUUGGACGCGUUAGGUAGUUUUGAUGAAAAGUGUCGGCGAAAACUUGCAGGAAUGUUAAAUAGAUACGUUUAUGAUUUAAAAAAUAAGAAUGAGAAAAUUGAAAAUAAAUUUGGAAUUUUUAGAGAUUUUUUGAAUAAAAUAACUAAUUUGUUGUUUUAUGCGCAACACAAGUUGGUUUUGAAGGAAACACUUUUUGCAAUGUUAGCAGAUUUUGAUAAAAAAAUUUUAUAUGCGGAUAUGUCCGCCGUUGCUUAUUGUGUUCUUUUUUGA